AUGGAGAGGCUUUGCGACAAAGAGAUCAGAGACCUGAUAUGUAUAAACAAACCACUGCACACCAACCAACACGCCUACAGUGAAGGCAAAUCAACGGAAUCAGCACUCCACAGCGUCGUAAGUCGCAUUGGUAACUCGCUAAACUCAAAGCAGCCUACCCUAGGUGCCUUCAUAGACAUCGAAGGGGCCUUUGAUAAAACGAACUUUACCAGUAUCAGUCGCGCUCUUGCCAUACAUGGAGUACCAACAACUCUCAUAGAAUGGAUAAACAACAUGCUGAAAAACCGUGCAAUCCAGUUCACUGUAAACACUACCUUUGGGAUCGUAAGUAGAGGAUGUCCACAAGGAGGGGUCCUGUCGCCACUCCUGUGGAACUUAGUUGUUAAUGAACUCAUUGAGGAGCUCAACGACAACGACCUCUACACGGUAGGUUACGCAGACGACAUUGCCGUACUUAUAUCAGGAAAUUUUGAGGGAACCUUAUGCGAUUGCAUGAGAGAAGCCUUCAGAACAAUAGAGAGAUGGUGCGAAAACCAUGAACUCUCCGUGAAUCCUUCUAAAACAGAACUCAUCAUGUUCACCAACAAAAGAGCUCCAGGUACUUUCAAUUUACCGAAACUCUUUAAUACAGAGCUUAAACUUAAGGAGGACGUCAAGUACUUGGGAGUCAUACUAGACAGCAAACUUCUCUGGAAUAAACACCUUGAUCACAAAAUUAACAAAAGCACAAUUGCAUUCUAUCAAUGCAGGAAAAUGCAUAAAUGGGGUGUCUCCCCAAAAAUAACUCUCUGGCUAUACACAUCAGUAAUAAGACCAAUGCUGAUGGCUCCAAAACACAGAACAGGAGCGGCACAUUCCCUUGACCUCAACAUGAACUUACCGCUCGGCAAACACAGUUCGUGUGCCCUGACCGAGGCAGCAAAAGCUGUAUACAGGUUAGGGGUCAACAAUUUCAACAUUAAAUUCAUAUCGGACAGUGCAGCCGUGCUUAAAGCACUACAGAACAUUUCGCCUGCGUGUGCCCAGCUGAUCUUCCUCAUGGAGCCACCACCUCGGUUGUCGUUCUCUAACAGCUCCGGAGCUAAGGUGUCGUGUGCUGCACACGGGUCUCCUCUGCCAACUAUAUCCUGGAUGACAGAAGAUGGUGUACCAGUCACUGACGUUCCUGGACUUAGGGAAGCCUUACCAAAUGGCACGCUGUGGCUUGGGCCAUUCUCAGCAGCCCAGUACCGCAGUGACGUGCAUGCAACUGUGUACCGCUGUCGCGCCGCCAGCACAGUGGGAGUUAUACUCUCCCGCGACAUGAGACUGGAGGCUGUCAUGGAUUCCACAUGGGAGGUCCGGGUGCAGUCAAGUCAUGGUGUGGCCGGGGGUGCAGCAUUGCUGACGUGCUCGGUGCCAGCAGUGGUGCGAGGUCACGUCACCGUCACCAGGUGGUUCAAGGAUGGAGCGGAACUGGCUCCAAUGGCAGCUGAAGCCGGUGGUCGGUAUAUAGUGGGAGGCAGCCGGGGCGACGUAUUGGUAGUACGGGAUGCGAGACCUGACGAUCCCAGUUCAUACUCGUGUGAGGCACAGCAUGCGCUUACUGGUGAAAAACGGAAGAGUGUACCAGCUGCCGUCACAGUGCUUCAUGCAACAGGAAGCAUGGCGCCCCGCAUGCUAACAGUAUCGGAAGAGGAGGUGGUGCCCCAGGGAGGUGACAUAAGGCUGGUGUGCUGCGCCAUAGGAAACCCACCACCUACUUACAGUUGGUUUCGUCACUCCAACGGACGUCUUAGCCCGGUCUCCAACAGCAUCAGGAUAUCAGUAUCAGAACAAGUUCUCAUCAUUCGAAGAGCACAGUCAUCAGAUGGAGGGGUGUGGACGUGUCGAGCUCACAAUCAGUAUGGAGAACAGAGAAGGGACGCCAGGCUGAGGGUACGGUCGAGACUGGUAGUGACUGUUCAACCACAGCUGCAGAUAGCGAAUUCGGGCAGCUCAGUGACGUUCAACUGUUCAGUGGAAGGUGGGGAGGCGAGGAUAAGAUGGCUUCACGACGGCGUGCCGGUAGGGGGUGCAGAGCGAGUACUGAGGGUGCACUCAGUGAUGCGAGUUCACCGCGGGAUGUACCAAUGUUUUGCAGAGAGAGACUUGGACUCGGCGCAGGCUGCUGCUGAACUGCGAUUAGGAG